AGAGAAGUCAGUUUAUUGUAUUGAGAACACAGGGAAGGAAAUGUGUGUUAAAAUAUUUAACAAAACAACAACAAAGGAAAUAAUUGUGAACGUAAGAUUUGCAACGUAGUGAGCCAAGCGAGAAACAUUAACAGAGGCGGACUGGUACCCCCUUUGGAGAAUAAACGGACUGUUUUUCGUGAAUUUCUUAGCCGUGUUUUUAAAAUGAGAUGCUGGAAGAGACAGGUUCACUCAUCUGCAGUGAACAGAAACCAAGGAGCUGACAAUUUCACAAGAGCAGAAUAUCAACAGCAGGACUGCUCGUCUGAAGACUGCUGGGUUUGAACUUGUGUUGUCGCAAAUUAAAUGCAAUUUUGACGACAACCUCCGCGUUACGCGAAGAGACUGAGUCCUGUAACGUCCUGCCUCUAUUUAUUCGACCGAGAAAGGGGAUAUAUAUGUCAUUGUGACGCCACUACUGUAAUCAUACGGUUUUAUAUUAUUACGAUUAAGAUAUUUCUGUUGCGUUGGCGUUUUAGUAUUAUUAUUAUUAUUAAAUAAAGCACAUUUGACGGUAAGCCGGCAAGAGGCGAGCUGCAUUUAGUUUUAACCCCAAUAAUCGAAUUGAAGGGUGAAACGAAGUCAACCAGAAUAUAUAUAUAUAUAUAUAUAUAUGUGUGUGUGUGUUUAUAUCACGAUCAUCCUGCACGUUAUAAUGUUUAGCUGCAUACCAAGAAGAGUGUGCCCAAGGUACGGUGUUAAAUACGUGCCACAAAUCGUGGUUUUGCUGGAGUGCAGCUGAUUCUGAAUAUGCGCUUUUGUAUUUUUUUUGUUAGCGGGUCAGAAAUGUCACUCGACAACAGCAGAAACUGGCAUUUUAAUUUGAUAUAUUUGCAGUCAUUAUGCGGUGUAAUGUACCAAACCGAAUAAAAACGACUCGCCGUAGUGGUGGAGAACACGCUGUGCUGCAGACGUGCCCAUUCAUCUAAACAACACAAAAACAAACCGUCAUAUUUUGGAGUGUCGGUAAUUUUUUUUUUUUUUGGCAUCAAUACCACAUGAAAUCACAUUUAAUUAGAUUUUUGCCACAGGCGGUGAGGAGGGACAAGAAGAUACACGACAAACUGAAAAAAAAAACAAAGGAAGCAAAUUGAUCGUUCUGAUUUAUUACUCUGAAUAAUCCGAUAAACUCCGGUGGAAGUGUUGCUGCUGCUGUUUUUAUUUUUGUAUUUUUUUUCAUUAAAAAUGGAAGGUGUCGGAGAUUUCGAAUACAGCAGAAAGGAUUUAGUCGGUCACGGAGCCUUUGCGGUGGUUUUCAAAGGUCGACAUAAAAAGAAGACAGACUGGGAGGUGGCUGUCAAGUCCAUCAACAAGAAGAACCUGUCGAAAUCCCAGAUCCUGCUGGGCAAGGAGAUCAAAAUAUUAAAGGAACUGCAGCAUGAAAAUAUUGUGGCACUCUACGAUGUACAGGAAACUCCAAACUCUGUCUUUCUGGUGAUGGAGUAUUGCAAUGGAGGGGAUCUAGCGGACUAUUUGCAAGCGAAGGGCACUCUCCGGGAGGACACGCUCCGGGUGUUCCUACAGCACAUCGCCGCCGCCAUGCGCGUCCUCAACAGCAAGGGCAUCAUCCACCGGGACCUCAAGCCGCAGAACAUCCUGCUGUCCUACGUGGGGCGCAAGAAGGCCGGCCUGAACGGCAUCCGCAUCAAAAUAGCUGAUUUUGGGUUUGCUCGAUACCUGCAGAAUAACAUGAUGGCUGCCACCCUGUGUGGGUCCCCUAUGUAUAUGGCUCCGGAAGUGAUCAUGUCCCAGAACUAUGAUGCCAGGGCAGACUUGUGGAGUAUUGGCACGGUGAUAUACCAGUGUCUGGUGGGGAAACCACCCUUUCAGGCAAAUAGUCCACAAGACUUGAGGCUUUUCUAUGAAAAGAACAAAGCGCUGUUGCCUAACAUCCCGAGAGAGACUUCCCCUCACCUGGGGGACUUGCUGCUGGGUCUGCUGCAGAGGAAUCAGAAGGACCGCAUGGAUUUCGACACGUUUUUCAGUCAUCCUUUCUUGGAGCCGUCCUCAGCCAUUAAGAAAUCCUGCCCAAUGCCCGUGCCUGUACCCAGCUACCCCAGCUCCGUGUCCGACAGCUCCAGCGGCAGCUCGCCUUCCUGCCGCUUCGCCUCCCCGCCUUCUCUCCCGGACUUGCAGACGCUCCCCGAGGACACGCUCUCCUCCCCCCCCCUCGGCCCCCCCAACUACCUGCAGCUGUCCAAGGAUUCGGGGGGCAGCAACAGCAGCAAGAACUCCUCGUGCGACACGGACGACUUCGUCCUGGUGCCUCACCUCUCCGCAGACCAGUCCUAUGAUUUGCAGAUGGGGGCAGGUAGACGUGUUUCCAGUGAGUUUCUGAUUUGUGGAGGGCAGUCCCUUCUGAUCUCCUCUGGGGGGUCAGGACCCUCACAGCAGCCGGCAGAGACCCCCACGUGCAGCUGCAGCCCCCCCGCCCUCUCCCUCAGGCAGCAGCAGCAGGGGCACCCCCCCGCGGCGCCCCCCCGCAGUGAGACCACCCCCAUCCCGGUGCCCACCCAGAUCCGCAACUACCAGCGCAUCGAGCAGAACCUCUCCUCCAGCCCCACUGCCACCAACCUCUGUGGCUCCCCCAGGUCCGGGAUGGUUCGCCGGUCCAACACCAGCCCCAUGGGGUUCAUGAAGGGGGGCUCGGGCUCCCCCUCCCCUGCGGACGUGGCCCAGGCCGUGGGCAGGCGGAUCUCCAUGGGCUCAUCCCGACCCUACUCCCCCUCCCCCCUGGUCGGCACCAUCCCUGAGCAGCUCGGGCAGUGCUGCUGCGGGACCCCCCAGGUGCACGAGUCUCGAAGCAGGAGCUCCUCGGGGGGCUCUCCUGUGCCCCCCUCCCAGCUGCUCGGUUCCCGCCUCCCGAGCGCCCCCACCCUGACAGACGCCUACCAGAACAAGCAGAAGCUCCGCAAGCAGCACUCUGACCCUGUGCACCCCACCUCAGGGGCGUACCCCACUAGCCACUCCCCCCAGAUGGGCAGGCCAGUCAGCCUGGGCACCUCCCCCACCAAGAACCUCGGCUCCUCCCCCCGCUCCUCCGACUGGCUGCAGAAGACCCCUCUGCCCACCAUCAUUGGCUCGCCCACUAAGACAACGGCACCUUUCAAGAUCCCUAAAACUCAAGCCUCUUGCAAUCUGCUUGCCCUGGUUGCUCAGCAGGGAUUGACGGACAGCCCAAGUAAAGCUCUGACGGACCCCCGGGAGCUGUGCACCUAUCAGUGCCCCCCCCACCCCGGAGCCCGACAGCCUCCCCCCGAGCACAGCAAGACCACCUUCGGCAGGUCUGUUAGUGCAGGGAGGCUCUCCGAGCAGCCGGUCAGAAUCACGCUUGGCGGACAGCCCUACCAGGGGAGCACAGACAGCCUGAACACCGAGAGACCCAUGGACACUGCCCCGGCCGGGGCCUAUGGCAUGCCCACCCUGCAGGGCGCCAGCCCCCGGACUGUGAUGUUCACUGUGGGGUCACCUCCCAACAGCACCACCCCUCCCACCUGCAGCCACAUGGGGAUCAGGCCCCGCACCACCUCCGUGGGCUCUAACAGUUCCGCAGGCUCGCUGUGCUCCACGAGUGGGCGUGUCUACAUGGGCUCCCCCCCCGGCGUGGUCAUGGGCACCUCCCCCCCCGGCGCCGAGGCUGCGCCCAGCAGCCUGAGGUACAUCCCCUAUGGAACAUCGCCCCCUAGCUUGGAGGGAUUCAUCACCUUCGAGGCUCCGGAGCUGCCAGAGGAGACGCUGAUGGAGAGGGAGCACACUGACACUCUGCUGCACCUCCGCAUGAUGCUGUCCUUCACAGACUGCGUCCUGGAGAUCGCAACGGCGCGGGGGGGCGGCUCGGAGCUGGGCGUGUCCACAGCCUCGCUCUACCCCCCUCAGGACAGCGUGGUGGUCGAUCAGAUCAGCCAGCUCAGCAAGGAGUGGGGGCAGGUGGAGCAGCUGGUCCUCUACAUGAAAGCAGCACAGCUCCUCGCCUCCUCUCUGCACCUGGCCAAGGCUGAGAUCAAAUCGGGCAAGCUUAACCCCUCCUCUGCUGUCAAACAGGUGGUGAAGAGCCUGAACGAGCGCUACAAGAGCUGCAUCUCCCUGUGCCGGCGGCUCACCGAGAGGCUGAACCGCUUCUUCUCAGACAAGCAGCGCUUCAUGGACGAGAUCAACAGCGUGACGGCAGAGAAGCUCAUCUACAAUCACGCUGUGGAGAUGGUGCAGUCUGCCGCUCUGGACGAGAUGUUUCAGCAGACGGAGGACAUCGCCUUCAGAUACAGCAAGGCAGCCAUGCUGCUGGAGGGACUGGGCAAAGUGCUGCAGGACCCCGCCGACAUCGACAGCGUCAGCAAGUACAAGGCCAGCGUGGAUCGCAGACUCUCAGCACUUUGUAACUGUACAGUGGCUCUGUAUGAGUAGAUCUACCCAAGAGAGGACCAGCAGCCUUGCACACCCCGGGACCACUUCAACUGCAUUAAAAAAACCUGUCAAGAAUCCAGACGCUUUCCCUUCCAGGAAGUUUCAGAAAAAAAAAAAACAGGAAAUAUUAAAAGUUUUCAGAAAUGGAAUAACUGCCACCCAGAGCAAGGGGAUAAGAGACA